AAUACCCUCAUUCCUGGAAGAAAGUUUAUCGAUCCACGGGCAGAAAUAAUAUUUUACGACCGUUUCUAUAAUUGGGAAGUGAUGGCUGGCUCAUAUCUGGUCAAAAACACCAAGUGGACGAGAGAUUUUCUAAGAGGUUUCGCUGACUAUGAAUUUCGGUUACCGGAAAGUUUCCAUGGAACUGAUAAUGGAGCAAUUCACGCGUAUCUUGCUGAAAUCAUCUGCCACAACGAUGUUGUCAAUCUGCCGUUUUGCCUCUGGAUCUACAACAAUUCGAAUGGUUUUAAUGACCUUUUCUUAUACGAGGCUUGUAUAAGGCAUUUACUAGGAGAAGCCCCUCGUUUCGAGAGAAUUAAAAUUCUACCUAAGGGAACCGCAUGGACUCGCGAUAACUGGAUAACAAAUAGCAAGUGGAAUGAUGAACGUGAUUUUAUGAUGCACAAUUGGAAGACGACGCAGCUGCGGCCAUUACCGUACGAAAACUUAAUUUUUUCUGGGAACUCAACCAAUUAUGCUCAAUCAUCUACUCUUCACAGACUGGAAUCUGAAUCGCGAGGCGAGUGGUACAAUCCGAUUGCUGGGCCCAUAGUGCUGUCUCUAUGCACAAGAGGGAACACAACAUGGCAGUACGACCGCAACUUGUUGGCUACUCGCCAACAAAUCGACGAUCGACUAAUAAGCCUUGCCGAAACAGUUGAUGAGGAGAGAGCGGAAGCAAUGGUUCACCUCCAGAAACUAUGGAAGAUAUGGCUCACCAUGAACGAUAGAGAUAAUGAUAAUACCAAACAUGGUCCCUGCAACUCUCUAGAGAUUUUAUAA